CUUCACUUCAUAUCGUCCUGGUGAUUGCAAGAGAAAUACUGUGCACAACAGCACCUUGCCUAACCCCUUGCCUCCUGACAGCUGACAGAUUCCAUUCCAUGCAGACGAUCAGUGCUUCUGUUCCUUUGUCUCCAUCAGCAUUAACCUCGUCAGAUCGUUGCCAGCAUCAGCUUGCCAGUGCCUAAUCCAGAGCGAGGGCAUCCUAAAAUGGCCAGCAGCAAAGAGCAGAAUGACAUUUCGCCCACGUCUUCGGCGGAAACCGGGCAAGAUGACGAGAUUACUCCCCUCAGAUCACAGAAGUUAGAGCGGGAAGAUAGCACAUUCUUCGAACAAAUGGAUCCCGAGCGCAAAGCCGAGUUGACUCGCAUAGCCUCCAACUUCCCUCCUACCUUUUCCCGGCGCCAAACUGUUGAUUCGGGCGUCGGCGGAUCGAGCAUCGAACGCAAAGAUACUGUUGAGAAUUUGGAGAUGGGGGACCCUGUCCUAGAUCCAACGAGCGGGCAGUUUGACCACAACAAGUGGGUUCGGAAGCUGCUCAGGCUGCUGGACAAGGAAGGCAUUCCUCGGCCUCCAUCCACCGGGAUUGUCUUCCAGAACCUGAAUGUCUCCGGCUCGGGAUCAGCGCUGCAGUAUCAGAGCAGCGUGCCUUCGUUGCUGCUGGCCCCGCUCAGACCGCAGGAGUAUCUGGGCUUUCUACGACACUCGCCGGAGAAACACAUAUUGCGUGAUUUCGAUGGCCUGCUGAGAAGUGGCGAGCUGCUGAUAGUAUUGGGUCGACCCGGAAGUGGAUGUUCGACACUCUUGAAGUCACUAUGUGGAGAACUCCACGGUUUGAAGCUGCGCAAGAGCUCCGAGAUACAAUACAAUGGCAUUUCGAUGGAAAAGAUGCACAAGGAGUUCAAAGGGGAGGUCCUCUACAACCAGGAAGUGGACAAGCAUUUCCCUCACCUCACAGUCGGGCAGACACUGGAGUUUGCAGCAGCUGCACGAGCUCCUGAAGUACGCUUGCGCGAGAUCAGUCGACAGCGGUAUGCCAAGUACGUCACUCAGGUUGCGAUGGCUAUCUUUGGCCUCACGCAUACGUACAACACAAAGGUGGGUGAUGACUACAUCAGGGGCGUCUCGGGAGGAGAACGAAAACGUGUGAGGUUAGCUGAAAUGGGACUCUCGGGAGCCCCCGUCGGCGCCUGGGAUAACAGCACUCGAGGUCUAGACUCGGCCAGUGCGCUCGAGUUCGUCAAGGCUCUGCGAGUCAGCUCUGACCUGGUUGGUACCUGCCAUGCAGUUGCCAUCUACCAGGCGUCUCAAGCGAUCUACGAUGUGUUUGACAAGGCUAUUGUCCUAUAUGAAGGCCGAGAGAUUUACUUCGGGCCAUGCAGCGAUGCUAAAGACUACUUUGUCAACAUGGGCUGGGACUGUCCUCCACGCCAGACGACGGGCGAUUUCUUGACAUCCGUGACCAACCCACAGGAGCGCCAGGCACGGAAAGGAUUGGAAGACAAGGUUCCUCGGACUCCUGAUGAGUUUGAAGCAUAUUGGAAGAAAAGCCCUCAGCAUGCCAGACUCCAGGGAGAGAUUGAACAGCACAUGAAGGAAUUCCCGUUAGGAGGACAGUCGGAGCGGACUUUUAGUGAGAUGAAGCAACAGAGACAGGCGAAACAUGUCCGGCCGAAGAGCCCCUAUGUUAUUUCUGUUCCCAUGCAGGUCAAGCUCUGCACGAUCAGGGCCUAUCAAAGAAUCUGGAAUGAUAAGCCUUCAACCUUGACGAAUGUCAUCGGUCGAAUUGCAAUGUCCCUGAUCAUCGGCUCAAUGUACUACGGAACACCCAAUGCUACCGCAGGCUUCCAGAGUAAGGGGGCUGCUCUCUUCUUCGCCGUUCUAAUGAACGCCCUCAUCAGCGUCACAGAAAUUAAUUCGCUUUAUGAUCAACGCCCUAUCAUCGAAAAGCAAGCCUCUUAUGCGUUUGUUCACCCGUUUGCUGAAGCAUUUGGUGGGAUUGUGUCCGACAUCCCAGUGAAAUUCGUCUCUGCCGUCGUGUUCAAUGUCAUAUUCUACUUUUUAGCUGGACUUCGAUACGCGCCAUCACAAUUCUUCAUAUUCUUUCUCUUCACGUUUCUGAGCACACUUGCCAUGUCAGGAAUCUUCCGCACUCUAGCAGCGUCUACCAAGACCCUGGCUCAGGCCAUGGCUAUGGCCGGUGUCAUGGUGUUGGCCAUUGUCAUUUACACUGGUUUCGUGAUUCCUACGCCGCAGAUGUCUGAUAUUCCGUGGUUUAGCUGGAUCCGAUGGAUCAACCCGGUUUACUACACCUUCGAGGCUUUGGUAGCCAACGAGUUCCAUGGUCGACGUUUCACAUGCUCGAACUUUGUGCCCGCGUAUCCCAACUUGAGCGGGGACACAUUCAUCUGCGCUGUACGCGGCAGUGUUGCAGGAGAGCGGACUGUAUCUGGAGAUGCUUUCAUUGAAUCCCAGUACAGUUAUACUUACGCACAUGAGUGGAGGAACUUGGGAAUUCUGAUCGGCUUCUGGAUCUUCUUUACUGCAUUGUACCUGGUGGCAACGGAGAUCAACUCUGCUACCUCGUCAAAAGCUGAAUUCCUGGUGUUCCGUCGGGGCCAUGUACCGCCGCAUAUGCGCAAUCUCGAUAAAAAGUCUCAAGCAGAGGAAGGCGCAACAGAUGCCUCCCUAGCUCAAAGGCCUGCUGAGAAUGAGAAAGAUGCAUCCGCGAUUCCAGAGCAGCAUAGCAUAUUUACGUGGCGAAAUGUUUGCUAUGACAUACCAGUCAAGGGCGGCGAGCGGCGCCUUCUCGACAAUGUUUCGGGAUGGGUCAAGCCGGGGACCCUCACAGCAUUGAUGGGUGUCUCGGGUGCUGGCAAGACUACCCUUCUUGACGUGCUAGCAAAGCGAGUCUCGAUCGGAGUCGUCACUGGUGAGACAUUAGUAGAUGGCAAAGCACUUGACAGCAGUUUUCCAAGAAAGACCGGUUAUGUGCAACAGCAGGAUCUUCAUCUCUCUACAACAACAGUACGGGAAGCCCUGCGGUUUAGUGCCCUCUUGCGCCAGCCCAAGUCCGUCUCCAAGAAAGAGAAGUUUAAGUAUGUUGAAGAGGUUAUCGAGAUGCUAAACAUGCAGGACUUUGCCAGUGCUAUUGUUGGCACACCUGGCGAAGGGUUGAAUGUAGAGCAGAGGAAAUUAUUGACCAUCGGCGUUGAACUUGCUGCGAAGCCUGCUCUUCUAAUUUUUCUGGAUGAGCCCACAAGUGGACUAGACUCCCAAAGCUCAUGGGCAAUCUGUUCUUUCUUGCGGAAGCUUGCUGAUCACGGUCAAGCAGUUCUUUCGACUAUUCAUCAACCUAGCGCGCUCUUAUUUCAAGAGUUCGAUCGCCUCCUGUUCCUGGCUAAAGGGGGAAGAACGGUGUAUUUUGGGGAUAUCGGAGACCAGUCCCGUACACUGCUAGACUACUUUGAAAUCAAUGGUGCUAGGGCCUGCGGCUCAUCUGAGAACCCCGCUGAGUACAUGCUCGAGAUUAUCGGAGCUGGGGCAUCUGGAAAGGCGACUCAGGAUUGGGCAGCGGUUUGGAACGAUAGUCAAGAGGCCAAGGAUGUCCAAAAAGAGGUCGACAGAAUCUGUCAGGAGAGAGCAUCAGUCCCCGAGCCCCAGGACAACACGUCCCAGAAGAGCGAAUAUGCCAUGCCUUUCGUCAACCAGGUCUGGCAUGUAACGCAUCGGGUCUUCCAGCAGUACUGGCGCGAGCCUGCCUAUGUCUGGGCUAAGCUUAUCCUAGCUACGGCUGCAUCUCUGUUCAUCGGAUUCACAUUCUUCAAGCCGGACAGCACUCAACAAGGCUUCCAGGAUGUCUUGUUCAGCGCCUUCAUGAUGACCUCGAUCUUCUCGACCUUAGUGCAACAAAUCAUGCCCAAAUUUGUAGUACAGCGAUCCUUGUAUGAGGUCCGAGAAAGACCUUCGAAGGCCUACUCGUGGGCAGCUUUUCUGAUCGCGAACAUCCUUGUCGAGAUACCUUAUCAAAUACUUGCGGGUAUCAUCGCAUGGGCAUGUUACUAUUACCCGGUCUAUGGCGCCAACCAAGCAUCUGCCCGCCAGGGACUUAUGCUGCUUCUGGUAACGGAAUUCUACAUCUUCACCUCGACUUUCGCAUCCCUGAUUAUCUGUGCGCUACCCGACGCCGAAACAGGAGGCUCCAUCGCAACGCUCCUGUUUAUCAUGGCACUCACAUUCAACGGUGUUAUGCAGGCACCCUCGGCCCUCCCGGGGUUCUGGAUCUUCAUGUACAGGGUUUCUCCUCUGACGUACCUGAUUGCGGGAAUCACGGCGACAGGAUUACACGGCAGAGCGAUUCGAUGUUCCAGCGAGGAGAUGAGCGUGUUCAAUCCUCCGUCCGGCCAGACCUGUGGACAGUACCUGGCUCAGUAUCUCCAGGUUGCCCCAGGGCAAUUGUACAACCCCAGCGCAACACAGGGAUGCCAGUACUGCCAGUUAAGAAACGCCGAUCAAUAUCUCGCGUCCAGUAACAUCUACUACAGCGAGCGCUGGCGAAACUACGGCAUAGGCUGGGCCUACAUCGGUUUCAACAUCCUUGGCACCGUCGCUCUGUACUACAUCUUCCGGGUCAAGCACUACAACCCAACAAGUCUGGUGCGAAGCGCCGUGGACGGCGCCAGGGUGGUUUGCCGGGUGUUCAAGCGCCGCUCUGGGCGCACGCCGAAGGGCAGAGAGGCUGAGAACGGGAGGUUGCUGUAGUUUGUUUGCUUCUGGACCCGGGGUCGUACCUGAAGAACGGUUGUUGCUGUCAUAUCUGUCGGAGUGUCUAUCUAUUUUCCGAGAAGGUGG